CUUCUCACUUCCCACGCCCCCCGCGCUCCUCUCCCCGCCCCUGCUGCCCAGCCUGGUCUCCAGAGUUGGGGGAGAGCCCGGCGCUCCAGUUGCUCCGGCUGAGGCUCCCGCCUGCGGGAUCGGGCUAAUUCGGGGUAGGGGCGCGGUGGGCGAUGGAGCAGCCCGAGGACAUGGCGUCGCUGAGCGAGUUCGACUCCUUGGCGGGCAGCAUCCCGGCCACCAAAGUGGAGAUCACCGUGUCCUGCAGGAACCUUUUGGACAAAGAUAUGUUUUCCAAGUCUGACCCACUGUGUGUUAUGUAUAUCCAAGGGAUGGAGAACAAGCAAUGGCGGGAGUUUGGACGCACAGAAGUCAUCGACAACACACUCAAUCCCGACUUUGUGCGGAAAUUCAUCAUAGAUUAUUUCUUUGAGGAGAAGCAGAACCUCCGUUUUGAUCUAUAUGACGUCGACUCCAAGAGUCCUGAUCUAUCCAAACAUGACUUCCUGGGUCAGGCCUUCUGCACCCUUGGAGAAAUUGUGGGGUCCCCCGGGAGCCGCCUGGAGAAGUCACUCACGAUAGGCGCAUUCAGCCUGAAUUCCAGGACAGGCAAACCAAUGCCUGCAGUGUCCAACGGAAGUGGUCUUUGGAUGGAAAGUCUGAGAACCACUGGUCUGGAAGCCUCCGGUGGUGUCCCAGGAAAGAAAUGUGGCACCAUCAUCCUGUCUGCGGAGGAGCUCAGCAACUGUAGGGAUGUGGCCACAAUGCAGUUCUGCGCCAACAAGCUGGACAAGAAGGAUUUCUUUGGGAAGUCUGAUCCCUUCCUGGUGUUCUACAGAAGCAACGAAGAUGGGACGUUCACUAUCUGCCACAAGACCGAGGUCAUGAAGAACACUCUGAACCCAGUCUGGCAGACUUUCUCCAUCCCAGUGCGAGCCCUCUGCAAUGGGGACUAUGACAGGACUAUCAAGGUGGAGGUGUACGACUGGGACCGAGAUGGUAGCCAUGACUUCAUUGGGGAGUUCACCACCAGCUACCGGGAGCUGGCCCGUGGGCAGAGCCAGUUCAACAUCUAUGAGGUGGUAAACCCCAAAAAGAAAAUGAAGAAAAAGAAAUAUGUGAAUUCUGGCACGGUCACACUGCUUUCCUUUGCUGUGGAGUCAGAGUGCACAUUUCUUGACUACAUCAAAGGAGGGACCCAGAUCAACUUCACUGUGGCUAUUGACUUCACAGCCUCCAAUGUGUCCUGUGUCACAGGGAACCCCUCACAGUCCACGUCUCUGCACUACAUGAGCCCCUACCAGCUGAAUGCAUAUGCGCUGGCCCUGACGGCCGUCGGGGAGAUCAUCCAGCACUACGACAGCGACAAGAUGUUCCCCGCCCUGGGCUUUGGGGCCAAGCUGCCCCCCGACGGCAGAGUGUCCCAUGAAUUCCCACUGAAUGGCAACCAGGAGAACCCCUCCUGCUGUGGCAUCGACGGCAUCCUGGAGGCCUAUCACCACAGCCUGCGCACGGUGCAGCUCUACGGGCCCACCAACUUCGCCCCCGUGGUCACCCAUGUGGCCAGGAAUGCGGCCACAGUGCAGGACGGCUCCCAGUACUCAGUGCUGCUCAUCAUCACCGAUGGGGUCAUCUCGGAUAUGGCACAGACCAAGGAGGCCAUCGUCAAUGCGGCCAAACUCCCCAUGUCCAUCAUCAUCAUUGGCGUGGGCCAGGCGGAGUUCGAUGCCAUGGUGGAGCUGGAUGGUGAUGACGUGCGGAUCUCCUCCCGGGGGAAGCUGGCCGAGCGGGACAUUGUGCAGUUUGUGCCCUUCAGGGACUAUGUGGACCGCACGGGAAACCACGUGCUGAGCAUGGCACGCCUGGCCCGCGACGUGUUGGCAGAGAUCCCUGACCAGCUGGUGUCCUACAUGAAGGCCCAGGGCAUCCGCCCCCGGCCCCCGCCUGCCGCCCCAGCCCACUCACCCCCCCAGUCCCCGGCCCACACGCCCCCUGAGUCCCCGCUGCACACGCACAUCUGAGCCUGACCUGCUGCAGGUGGACAGUCGGGGCCUGGAGAGGUCAGUGGAGCAGCAGCAAGGGUUCCAGGGACCCCCUUCAGUGCACCAUGUCCAGCCUCGCCUGGGAGGCAGCAAUUUCUUGGCUGCUCUUGGGCCCAAACCCAGGCUGUCGGGUACAGGGGGAGGAGUGGGGGGGUUUGCUCGUCUCUUCCCUGGCAUGUGGUUCUAGUCCAGCAGGGAAGGUGUAGCAGUGAGGACAACUGGGGUUCCUCUUAGUCCACCUAGGCAAUGCCACCUUGCUUACCUGUAGCCCUGAGCCUGGGCUGGGGCUCCCUCCUGGGCCCCCUCCCUCCUGUGCUCCUAUGAUAGUUCCUUCUAAGUCUGAGUCAUCCCCCCCCAACCCCCACCUUCAUCUGUCCUGCUCCGUGUUUCUAGUGAAGCCCACGAGACUGAUGCAUUUGGAAGGUGGGUCUGGAGGAAUGCUGCCCAUGUGACCCUCCCAGGACGCUGGCAUGCAGGGGGCCUCAGUGGUGUCAUUGCAGGUCAUGUCACAGGCCUGGAAUGGGGGUUUUCAGGCACACAAUCCUUUCUGAGCCUCUCCAGCCCCAUAGGAUUCAGAGCAACAGGCCUCCCCCAGCUGUGGGCCUGUGGGCACCUCCACACUGGACUCUGGCUCUGGGUGUCCCCUCUUCCUCUACCUAGAGACUAUCCAAGGUUGGGGUGGGGGAGCAGCCACUCAACCCUGGUGCUCCCACACUGCCCUCUCUUCUGAGGUGGAAUAACAGAUGGAAGCAAGCUGGGUUUAAGCCCUGCCCCUGUCCCCUGCCUGCUUCUGGGGUAUCAGUUUUACAUCUAUACUGCCAGAGUGAUCAGGUGAUUAAGCCGAUGGUUGAUCUGAUAAAGGUUCAGUCCAACGGCUUCUCCUGCUGCUUCUUCAGCUCUGGUAUCAGUCCUGAGGGUUCAUCCAUCCCAUACCCUGAUUCCUAGCUUUUCACUGUCCUACGAGACUCUAGGGUCACUCCACUCCAUUAGGUCACCCCAGAUCCUCCCUAGUCCUCUAGCCUGAGGGCUGGCAUCUGGUCCUGUCACUGUGCCACCCAGCCACUCAGCCUCUACCCACUCGGGGAGCGGCCAUGCAUGCCUUCCCCCCUGCGCAUGGGGCUUCUCAGCCCACUGAACCUUGGGGCCUGCCUGGCACCCACCCUCUAUACAGCCCAACCCUACCCCCUUCCUCUCAUGCAUGCCGGUGGUGUCUCCACACUGUCUGCCUGUGCCUGUGUCUGAGACAGUCUCUGUGUGGAAUUUGCCUUAAACUGGAGUAAAGUUGGUUCUUUUACUAGA